AAACCGGGUCCAGUCUGCCGGACAGGGCAUGAAGAAGACCGUCUCCCUUCCGGUGAAUGCGACUCCCAGCAGCUGAUUAUCCAACUGGUCAUGGCGGAGAAAGGAGCUGAAGAGUCCGCUAAAGGUGCUCUGUCCUCGGCAGAGAAGCAGCUGCUCCGCCGCAAACAGGACCUCGACUACUGGAAGAGGAACGCAGCGCGCCUGCGCAGGAGGAACGUGGGGACCGGGCUGCUGAUAGGCGCGUUUGUGGUCGGCAUGUUCAGCUACACCAUCCUGUCCGUCAAACAGGAGCGAGUCCUGGAGGAGCUGGAUGAAGAAGCCAGGAUCCACAUCAUGCGAGGGCCCCGGACCGGAGCCAACUCCUGAUUACACCCACUGUCAGCUGUCCGGGCCCCAGGACCUACGCCUGACCUGGGGGCGUCCUGUCCAUAGACCUAGUUAGGGCUGCAUGACUUUGAUGUAUGUCAGAGAGACGGACCAUUGUUGAACACUAUCCUCAUUAUGAUUUAAAUACAGACUGACCCUUGUCUUAUGGUCACAUGCUGAGGUUUGAAUCAAAUAGAAAAUGUGCGCUCAGCGUCCUUUACACACAUCGUUUCCUCUCCCGCCCGUGGAUCGUAGUACUCCAAUAUUGCAGUACCAAGUACCAAGCCUAAAUGCUUUAAUUGUCCUAAAAUAAAUACCAUAUUGGGCGCCCAUUAAUAAACCAGUGGCUUUAAAUCA